CUAGCAGAGAAAAUAUAGCGGCCUGCCUGUAAAAAUAUCUAGUCUCUCGGAGAGAGCUGAUUGGAGGGUUCAGAGAAGAUGCUUGUAAUUCCCUGUGUCCAGUACCUUUAGCAGCAAGUAAUUAUAAAAAGAUAUUAAUCGAGGGUCCAUCCUUCUUAUAAUUCCUGAGUCUACCAGGGUCCCCAGUUAACCAAUCAAAAAACUUGAUUUAUUUUAGAGCCAAUAGGAUGGCAAGCCUAAAAUUUAGACCAAUAAAAUUAUAGCAGUUUUUUGGUCAUUUAACUAACCAUGGUCAGUGGAUAAUUUAUAAGAAUUUUUUUAAAGUUAACCAUGGUGAGUGGAUAAAUUAUAAGAAUUUUUUAAAAGUAAAAAUACUAUUAUUUUAACAGAACACUACUACAUCCACAGUUACGUCACAACUGUGAAAAUCAGAAUAGGAGAACUUCACCUGCUCUUGAAACAAAACUUUGCGCGACCCUUCCGCUACUGACAUUAUUUACUUCUUCGAAUUCAACCGGAAACCGUGUAAUUAACUGUGACUAUUUAUAUGGACAAUUCUCAUCCUCAACAGCACACCGUCACUUUGCCCUUGAAACGAAAAAGAGGACGACCAAAGAAAGAAGUUGUCAAUAGUUCAAAUACACCUACAUCGGUGUCACCUGGACAAAAAAGGGCCAUCGGUCGACCAAGAAAGAAUGUAGAUGUUGGAACUUCAAGCACCACACUUGAAUUAAAGGAUGGUGUCCUGCUUUCAAACUCAACAUCUCAACUCAUGUCACCUCCACCAAAAAAACCUGUUGGCCGUCCGAGAAAGGUGCAUACAAAUUCAAUAAGUGCCUGUGAAACAAUAAUUAGAGGUCGACCCGUGCCUCUUAUACCUGUGCCUCUUAUAGGGAAGACAUCUACAUUAUGUAAUAAUACUUACAUUGACGUAAAUGCCCACCUUCGUCCUUUAUUGCCAAAGCCGCCUUAUUUAUCAUAUAAUAAUGUCAGAAACGUACCAUCUUCCUCACAACUUACAAAAAGAAGUGGACAUUCAUUUGUAAAUAGUAGCAAUGAUACGAGAGGAACUUCAUCAAAGGUUUUAAAAAUUAAAUCCAGAUUUUCUGGGAGUAUCGACGAUGUAAAUGAUUCGGAAUCAUAUGAAUUAGACGAAGAGUAUAUUAUCGACGGUGACAAUGAUGAGAAUUACAUUAACGGCGAAGAAGCAACUGAUGAUGAUACAAUGAUGACCCGAACAGGCGAAGGUAUUAGAAGUAACUAUCUCAAUUUAGGUAUGCCCAAGUACAAGUGCAAAUUUUGUCAGGCUAUGAUGUGGAUUGAGGAGAGAAAUAACAAAUCUGUGACCGACCCUACCUUCUCAAUAUGUUGUGCUGGUGGUCAAAUUCAGUUGCCAGAGGUCAAAGAUCCUCCUCCUUACCUAGCUGGACUACUAUUUGGACAAUCGAAGAAAUUUCGCGCUUCUAUAAAAGUGUAUAAUGCCAUGUUUUCUUAUACAUCUUUAGGAGGUAAAGUGGACAAGCUCAUAAAUAAAAAUGGCGGGGGUCCAUUUUGUUUUCGACUAAGUUGUCAGAAUCAUCAUAGCAUUGGGAGUUUGGUACCGCUUGAUGGGAGAAAACCAAAAUUUUGUCAGUUAUACUUUUAUGACACUGAGAAUGAGGUUGAUAAUCGAAUGCUUGCAUUUCGUUCAAAGGAUGAUAAAAAGGGUAUACAGCGAGAAAUUGUUGAGAAUCUCAUAAAAAUGUUUGAUGAAGUAAGUCCCUUGGCUCAGAGAUUUCGACAAGCAAGAGAUCGUUUCAAAGAACAGCCACCACAAGAUCUGAAGAUCAUUCUUAAAGAAUCUAGGUCCGCUUCUGGACGUCCGAAUCACAUUUAUCCAUCUUCAGAGAUUGCUGCAUUCAUAGUUGCAGAAAAUGAUCCUUCGGGUGGUGAUAGAGAUGUAGUUGUCCAUACAAAAACUUCUGUUCCAAAGAGAAUAAGCUUUAUACACCCGCUUUUCAUGGCAUUGCAAUAUCCUAUAUUAUUUCCAUACGCUGAAUAUGGUUUUCAUACAGGAAUAAAAUAUAGGACUACAGGUUCUAAUACUAAGAAGAAAAGGAAAAAUGUAACACUGAAAGAGUACUAUUCUUACCAGCUCCAUACACGACCAAACGAAGGAUUGACAUUGCGAUAUGGUGGACGUCUCUUUCAACAAUACAUAGUUGAUGCUUUUUCUGUUAUUGAGCAAACACGUCUUCAUUGGUAUAGAACUCAUCAAAGUACAGUCAGGGCUGAUAUGUAUCAAAACAUUCGUGAUCAAGUCAGAAAAGGUGAUGAAAAUCCCAAUAGUUGUGGAAAAUCCUAUAUUUUGCCAGCAUCCUUUACUGGUUCAAAACGGUACAUGAACCAAAAUUUCCUCGAUGCUCUUGCCAUAUGUCGGGCUAUCGGACAUCCAGACAUAUUUUUGACAAUGACAGCUAAUUCCAAAUGGCCAGAGAUUCAACAAAUGCUUGACCAUACUCCCGGACUGACUGCGGAUGAUGCACCAGAUAUAGUUACUCGAGUUUUCAAGUUAAAAUUAGACCAGCUUCUGCAUCUUAUUAAGAAAAAACAUUUUUUUGGUCGCUGUAUUGGAGCAUUACAUGUCAUAGAAUUUCAAAAACGCGGCUUGCCUCAUGCACACAUGGUGAUAUGGUUACAUCCUGACAGUAAGCCUAAGACCAUUCAACAAGUCGAUGAAAUGGUCUCUGCCGAGAUACCAGAUAUGGAUCAAGAUCCGGAUGGCUACAAUGCUGUAAAACAGUUCAUGAUUCACGGACCUUGCGGCACAAUCGACAAUACCUCUCCAUGUAUGGAUGCUGAACGUAAGGUUUGCACACGCCAUUUUCCAAAAAGGUAUGCUUCUGAGACAACCUAUGAUGACAGUGGAUUUCCGGUGUAUAGACGACGCAAAACAAGCCAUACUGUUCAUAAAAAUAAUGUCGACCUAGACAAUCAGUGGGUAGUGCCGUAUAACAGAGAUUUGUUACUCAUGUUUCAGUGUCACAUCAAUGUUGAAAUUUACAAUCACUCACGAAGUUUGAAAUACCUUUUCAAAUAUUGCAUGAAAGGACAUGACCGAGCAACCAUGCUAUUGGUUGGAGCUAAAAAUACACUGCAUGAAAAUACCCAGCAAUCAGACAAUACUAAAGUUGCUCCUAUUAAUGAGAUCAAACAAUAUUUAGAUGGUCGGUACGUGUGCGCUUCAGAAGCGAUAUGGAGAAUUUAUGGAUUCAAUAUACACCUCAGAACUCCAUCUGUUGAACGACUACCUAUUCAUCUGGAGGAUAUGCAGAUCAUCACUUUUAACAGCAAUGAGUUGUUAACAAAUGUGGCAAAACGUGCUUCUUUUCGACUUACUAAGCUCCAAGCGUGGUUUCAAGCUAAUCGAGAAUAUCCGUGGGCACGAGAUCUCUACUAUCAAGAGUUUCCUGCUUCUUUUGUGUGGGAUGCAAAUUCAACCAGAUGGACACCUAGAAAACAGGGUUUUGUUGUUGGCAGGAUGAACUCCACUUAUGCUUCUUCAGGAGAUUUGUUCUACUUAAGAAUGAUACUUACUAGAGUCAAAGGAGCAACGUCUUUUACUGACCUUCGAACUGUCAAUGGACAAGUAUAUAAAACUUUUAAAGACACAUGCAAUGCUUUGGGACUUUUACAAAAUGACAUGGAGUGGCACGAGGCAAUAAAGGAAAAUUCUCACCAUGCUACUACAUCACAGUUGCGUCAGCUUUUUGUUCAUAUUAUCGUCAACUGCGAGGUCAGCAAUCCAGCAAAACUGUGGAAUGAUCAUAUAAAAGAUUUUUCGGAUGAUAUAGUUUGGAUGCGGCGACGUAUUUCUAAAAAUAAUGAACUCAUUUUGUCCGAGGAGGAAAUACAAUUUUGGGCUCUCGCAGAACUUGAGCAAAUAUUGAAUUGCAUCGGGAAGUCUCUACGGAGUUAUUCAGAUAUGCCAUUCCCUCCCGCUGAAUUUCUAUGCGGAAUUUCAAACACUCUUAUUCAGGAGGAAAGAAGUUAUGAUAUUCAGACCAUGAUAGCCGAACACCAACAACUACACUCAACUCUAAACAGAGAUCAAAUGGUGGUAUACGAUUCAAUAAUUGAAUCUGUUCACAAUAAAAAAGGAAAGUUUUUUUUUGUACAUGGCAGCGGUGGAUGUGGAAAGACCUUCCUAUGGCGAACAGUAAUUUCAAAAUUGAGAUCCGAAAGAAAAAUUGUUUUACCCGUUGCUUCCUCUGGAAUUGCGGCCGUGCUAAUGCCAGGAGGUAGAACUGCUCAUUCGAGAUUUAAGAUACCAUUAGAUGUAGAUGAACAUUCAAGUUGUGGUUUGAAAAUGGGAACCGAUAUAGCUGAGUUAUUACAAAAUACAGAUCUAAUUAUUUGGGAUGAGGCUCCAAUGCAAAAGAAGUAUGCAUUCGAGGCACUGGACCGAGCUCUUAGAGAUAUACGUGGCAGCAUUUCAGAAGACAACAUGUUGAAGCCAUUUGGUGGUAUUACCGUAGUUCUUGCAGGUGACUUCAGACAAAUCUUACCUGUUGUAGAGAAGGGGAAUAGGCAAGACAUUGUUAGUGCUUGCAUAAAUCGGUCUUAUUUGUGGGAUCAAGUUACGUUCUACACUCUUAAACAAAAUAUGAGGUUGAAAAGAGGUAAUACUGAAGAGGUUAACAAUGCUAUCAAUAAAUUCAGCAAGUGGGUGCUAGACAUUGGCGAUGGACGGCUUUCAUUUGUUAAUGAUGAUGACCCAAAUAAGGAUCCAGAAGUUGUAAUUCCGCAACAGUUUAUCAGCCCCUGCACAAAUAAUCCUCUUUCCGAUAUUGUUGACAUUGUAUACCCAGAUAUUGAAGGCAAUUUCAAAGAUCAUCGAUAUUUAAGGGAUAGGGCAAUUCUUGCUCCAACUAAUAAGGUGGUUGAUGAACUUAACGACCAUAUCAUGGAUCGUAUACCAGGAGAAGACCAAAUUUACUUGAGUGUUGAUAGUAUUGACGAAGGUCCAGUAAAUGAGAGUGACCUGAAUUCAGCUUUUCCAGAAGAAUUUUUGAACUCAAUUGACAUGUCUGGACUUCCCAAGCACAUGCUAAAUCUCAAACCUGGUGUUGUGGUCAUGCUAACAAGGAAUAUAAACCAGGCUUUUGGGUUGUGCAAUGGCACACGUAUGGUGGUAAAAAAACUUUUUAAAUGGACAGUUGAAUGUGAGAUUAUCACCGGAAGCCAUUCAGGAAGUAGACAUAUAAUCCCAAGGAUGAUAACUACCCCUUGCGACAACAAUUCUAAAUGGCCUAUCAUAUUUAAAAGAAAACAGUUUCCUCUGCAGGUCUGUUUUGCAAUGACAAUUAACAAGAGUCAGGGACAAUCAAUGGAGAAAGUCGGCUUAUAUCUUCCAAACCCAAUCUUCUGUCACGGACAACUGUAUGUUGCUAUUUCACGUGUCACUACCCCAGAAGGAUUGCAUAUUAUGUUGGGAGAUGGAACAAACCACACUAAGAAUAUUGUAUAUGAAGAAGUCUUUUACAACCUACCUACAGAAUAGAAUUCUGUAUUAGAAAUUAAAAUAUUUGAACCUGACACUUAUUUAUUGAAUAUGUUUAUUUUAGUGUGAUUCUUCCCGUUCA